AUGGGGAAGACUAGAUCAUGUUCCAUAUCAGAUGGAGAUCUAAAGACUCGUGCAGAUCGCAAGUUCGACAAAAAAGUUCAAUUUUAUGAAACUAUCAGAAAUGCUGUUGCUCAAAAAUCUAUUGCUAAGGAGAAGAAACAACGUAAAAGGAGCCGACAAAAGAAACUGAAGGCAUAUGAUCUUUCUUCCCUCUCAGAUUUCCUUCCGGAACUGAAGGCUCCCAAAGAAACAAGACCUACUGAAUUUAAGCUUAAUAGUAAAACCAGAAAUAAUCUAGUGUUUAAGGAGAACAAUCAGUUGAAGAUAGUCAUUAACCAUCCUACUUUCCAAUCAGAUCCGUUGGGUGCCAUCUAUCAACAUUUGCAGAAUACACAACCUGCCAUGGAUGAGAAACCUAAAAGGAAGGACACGAAAACUGUAAAAAAGAAAGCAAAAGGGAAAAAGUCCAAAGCUUUAUCUGGGACUCAAUCAAUGGAGAUUUGA